GCAAGCUGUGGGGCGGGGAGGGGGGGUUCAGAGGAAGGGGAGGGAGCAACUGAGGCAGGGAGAAUUAGAGGGAGGUAGGAUUGCGGGAGGGGCAGAAGGAGACGUUUCGGGGAUAGCAGCAGCGGCAGCAACACAACCAGCAGCAGCGGCUGCAGCUGCGGCAGCAGCAAUGGCGGGGCCAGCUGUAGGGGUUAGCAGUGGUAGGGGGGCAAGGGGAGGAAGGGGAGUGAGGGGUGGUCAUGCAGGGGGGCAGGUUGGGCAGGCACAAGGGCAGGGACAAGGACAGGUGCAAGCAACCCCAUCACAUGGCCGUGGGAAAGGCAGGGAUGGGUUUACCACCACCCCUUUGGUUCCUGGUAUGUCUGCUCGACCUGGACUUGCAGCCUCGGCUGUUGGUGCGGUAAAUGGUCCGGUAACAGGUUCGGCUGUAGCUCCGGCGGCUGGUUCGGCAGCAGGAACGACUCCUGCUUGGUUCGUUGCUCAGGGCGUGAGGGUUCAGGAGGGGAGGGCUGGACAGUAUCUGGAGGUGCAAGGAGCAGGGUAUUCUGAGAUUAGAGGGAGUGAUGGUGUGGUGGUGAGGACGAGGAUUGGAGGGAGGGGAGGAGGCGGGGAUAGGAGGAGGGGUGGCGGAAGGGGGAGAGGGGGAGAUGUGGUGGGAAGGCAGGUGGGGGAGAGAGGAGGGAAGGGAGGGGAGAGUGGGGGGAAGAGAGAGGAGCCUGGGUCCUCACCUGGGCGGUCUGCUGGGGGAACAAAGCCUCUGGCAGGUGCUGAGAGUGACGUGGCUUCAGGUGCUUCUUCAGGUGUUUUUUCAGGUGGUUCAGACAGUGGAGUGUCUGAGGUGGAAGGGGCGUAUGAGAGUGCGGAGGGGUCUGAAGGGGAGGAGGAGAGUGGGGAGCACGAGGCCAGGAGGACAGAAGAGAAGGAGCAGCAAGAGAAGGAGCUGAAACAGGAAGGAAAGGAGGUAAAAGGGGCGGCGGAUGGGGCGAGGGAGGGGGAGGGGGAGGGGAAGGGAACUGCAGAGUUGCAGGUUGGUUCAGAGGGGAAAGCUCCAAAAGGUAGUGCGAGUGGGGAUGGGAGUCAGCACUCACAGCCCAAUGCUCGUGAGGGAGAAAAGCAGCAGCAGCAGCAGCAGCAGUCGAAGCGAGCAGUGAGCAUUCGUCGGCCUUUCUCCAUGUUCCCAACCGCCUUCCUCUCCUCCCUAGGGUUCCUCUCUGGCGCCUCCUCCUCCGCCUCCUCCCCUUCCUCCACCUCGCCUCCAGCAGGGAAAACCCCCUCUGAAGCACCAUCGGAAGCUCUAUCCCAAGGGGCAGGUAAUGCAUCAGUGCGGGCAGCAGACGGAUCAGAAGGACCAGAAGAAACAGCAGGGCCGUCGGUGGGGGAUAAGUCACAGGCAGCCUCCAGUGCAGCAACAGCUGAUGAUUCCGGUGCUUCACCUGCUGCUGCUGCUGGUCUGGGUGUGGAUGUGUCCGCCUCAGCAACUGUAGCAGCAGUAGCAGGAGAAGAAGACACAGCAGCUGCAGCAGUGAAAGACGCGUCUAAGAAGGCUGCAGCGGGUGGUUCUGCUCCAGCUGCUACAGCAGGAGGUUCCCUAGUGGAACCACGCGCAGGGUCUAGGGGCAGAGAGAGAAAGGGGAAGAAUUCGGGUGUGGGCAGGGAAGGGGCGGGAAAAGGGUUGACUGGGCAGCAGGGCAGCAAGCAGCGGGCAGGCGUGAGGGCAGCGGCCCCUGAAUCUGGCGCUGGUGCUGGCGACAGCAAGAGCAGUGGAAGCAAGGAGGAGAGAAGAGAGGGGGGGCAUGGGCAUACGAAGCUUGACUGGCUAGUUUCGAGGCUGGAGAGUUUGGGGGAUUCCGAGGUGCCGCUGGGAGGAGGGAUAGUGAAGAUGAAGGAACAGCAGCAGCAGCAGCAGCAAAAGCGCAAACGCCCAGUCAAUCCAAACACCACUGGCGUUGGUGUGACCCUCCCUGCUACAACGGCUGCUACAGCUUCUGCUGAAACUGCAGUCACGGUUUUUAUUGCUGCUGCUGGUGGUGAUGAGCAGAUUCCUCUUCCUGCGCCUGAGUCUGUGAAACCCACUUCUGCGCUGCUUUCUGCAACUGCAUCAAGAGGCAACCCUGUCACGCAUGCUGUGCCAGCUGUGGCACCUCCUCCCAGGAUACUUUUCGGGCAGGUGGGUCAGCCCAUGCAAGCAGGCAUUUCCCUGUCAAAUUUCGGGCAGGUUGGAGGAACGGGGCAGGAAGGAUUGGGGCACGUAGGUAUGGGGCAGGUAGGAGUGGGGCAGGCGGGUAUGGGUUUUCCUAUGUCACAGUAUGGCCAAGGGGUAUAUAAUGUGUCACAACAGCAGCCCUCACAGCAGCAGCCCUUACAACAGCAGUCCAUGCCUUACCACUGGCCACACCUUCCCCAGUUUCCACCUCCCCCCAUGGGCCCUGCAUUGCCUUCCCCCCCCAUCGGUCCCUCCCUCCUCCCAUUCCCUCCUCCUGCUCUUUUCUCCUCUCAACACCUUCAACCCCAACCCACUCAACAGUCUUUCGCAGCAGCGCCGCCCCUGCUUUCCCAUACCAGCGCCCCAGCUUCGGCUACGUCACAUGCCGAAGCAGCCGGUGGUAUGGCAGGCUCCCAAGCCUUGAAGCUAGGCUUGGAGGGUGGUAGCAGGGGUGGAGGUGAGAAAGACGGGGGAGGAAGCUGGGUAGAAGGAAGCAGGAAGGAAGGGCAGCAUCAGACUGGGGUGGUGGUGCAAGGGAGCAUGGCAGGAGCAGCAGCACAGACAAUGGCACAGUCAGCAGGAGUGGGGAUGGCUCAGCCACAGGAGGGCGCGAAGAGCCACGUGCGGCGGGACCUGCUGCUGCAGAUUCAGGCGGCCGUGCAGAAGCAGUGGGAGGAGGAGAAGGUAUUCGAGGCCACGGCCAAGGAGGGAGCAGUUGCUGGGUCCGGCCCUCGUGAUGACCGCUUCUUUGGCAACUUCCCCUACCCCUACAUGAACGGGCUGCUGCAUUUGGGUCACGCGUUCACUCUUUCUAAGGUGGAGUUCGCAGCAUCGUACCACCGGCUGAGGGGAGCUAAUGUGUUGUUCCCCUUCGGCUUCCACUGCACUGGCAUGCCCAUCAAGGCGUGCGCAGACAAGCUAGCGCGUGAGAUGGACACAUACGGGUAUCCACCCCAGUUCCCCAGCGAGGAGGAAGCGGCGGCUCUGGAGGCACUCUCCAUUGCGGAGGGCAGUGCUGCUGCAGAGGGGGGGGAUGGGGCGGCCACGGACGGGGCUAAGGGGGAGGAGCAGAAGGCCCCUGGGCAGUUCAAGGGGAAGAAGUCCAAGGCGGCUGCCAAGACAGGGACGGCCAAGUACCAGUGGGAGAUCAUGCGGUCUAUGGGCAUGUCAGACGAGGAGAUCAAGCCCUUCAAAGACCCUGCACACUGGCUCACCUACUUUCCCCCUAUCGCUGUGGACGAUCUCAAAGCCUUUGGGCUGGGUGUGGACUGGCGGCGCUCCUUCAUCACCACGGACAUGAACCCCUACUAUGACUCCUUUGCUCGCUGGCACCUGCAGUCGCUCUAUAACAAGGGCAAGGUGGUGAAGGACCGCCGCUACACCAUCUUCUCGCCGCUGGACGGGCAGCCCUGUGCCGACCAUGACAGGGCGUCAGGGGAGGGCGUGCUGCCUCAGGAGUACACACUCAUCAAGAUGCAAGUUGUGCCGCCGCUCACAGGCAAGCUCGAGGCUCUUGCGGGCAGAAAUAUUUUUCUCGCCGCUGCCACGCUGCGCCCGGAGACCAUGUAUGGGCAGACAAACGCUUGGGUGCUGCCAGAUGGGCAGUAUGGCGCGUUUGAAGUGAACGAAGCGGGAGACGUGUUUGUGGUAACCAAGCGAUCGGCUCUGAACCUCUCCUACCAGUUCCACUCCAAGGAGUUUGGCAAGCCGAACUGCCUGCUGGAGCUGACGGGGCACGACCUGAUUGGCCUGCCUCUCAAGGCGCCUCUGACGCCCAACCCGGUCAUCUACGCCCUGCCCAUGCUCACCAUUCUCACGGACAAAGGCACGGGAGUGGUGACGAGUGUGCCCAGCGAUGCACCGGACGACUACAUGGCACUGCAGGACCUCAAGAGCAAGCCUGCCCUGCGAGCCAAGUUCAAUGUGAAGGACGAGUGGGUGCUGCCCUUUGAGGUCAUCCCCAUUAUAAACAUCCCCGAGUUUGGUGAUGCAGCAGCAGUCAAAGUGUGCCAGGAUCUCAAGAUCCAGAGCCAGAACGACAAGGAGAAGCUGGCCGAGGCUAAGAGACUCACUUACCUCAAGGGUUUCACGGAUGGAGUGAUGCUGGUGGGCGAGUUGAAGGGAAGCAAAGUGCAGGACGCCAAGCCGCAGAUAAAAAAGUUGCUGGUGGAGCGGGGUGAAGCAGUACCAUACAGUGAGCCGGAGAAAAGAGUAACCUCCCGGUCAGGGGACGAGUGUGUGGUGGCGCUGACGGAUCAGUGGUACCUCACGUACGGGGAGGAGCAGUGGCGCGCACAGGCAGAGGAGUGUCUGGCGGGCAUGCAGCUUUACAACGAGGAGACACGGCACGGGUUCCAGCACACUCUGGGAUGGCUGGAUAGGUGGGCGUGUUCUCGCUCCUUCGGCCUGGGCACGCGCAUCCCAUGGGACCCACAGUUCCUCAUUGAGUCCCUCUCUGACAGCACCAUCUACAUGGCCUACUACACGCUCUCGCACAUCCUCCAGGAGGGCGACAUCUUUGGCACGUCAGGCAAGCAGAGCAUCAAGCCCGAGCACCUCUCCCACGCCCUCUGGGACCAUCUGCUGCAGGGCGCUCCCAAGCCCGCCGACUGCGCUGUCCCCGAUGACGUGCUGCAGCGUGCGCGGGCAGAGUUUGAGUACUGGUACCCGUUUGACCUGCGAGUGUCGGGGAAGGACCUGAUCAACAACCACCUCACCUUCGCCAUCUACAAUCACACCGCCAUGUUCCCCAAGGAGCAAUGGCCGAGGGGAUUCCGCACCAACGGCCAUCUGCUGCUCAACUCGGAGAAGAUGUCCAAGUCGACCGGCAACUUCAAGACGAUUCGCCAGGCCAUAGAGGAGUUCUCAUCGGACGCAACUCGCUUCGCCCUGGCGGAUGCGGGUGACACGGUGGAUGAUGCCAACUUCGUGGAGGAGACUGCCAAUGCUGCCAUCCUGAGGCUCACAAAGGAGAUGACGUGGAUGGAGGAAGUGCUGGCGUCAGCAGCCACAGAGGGCGGUCUGCGCACCGGGGACGAGCGGUCAUUCGCAGACCGGGUGUUUGAGAACGAGAUCAAUCUCGCUGUGGCUCUCUCUAAAGCAGCUUUCGACAACAUGCUGUUCUGCAAGGCCCUCAAAACGGGCUUCUUCGACCUGCAGCUCGCACGGGACGAGUACCGGCUGUCAUGUGGAGCAGCGGGCAUGCACAAGGACCUGCUUUUGCGCUUCUGCAAAGUGCAGACGCUGCUGCUCAUGCCGAUCUGCCCGCAUUACGGGGAGCACGUGUGGAGAAAUAUUCUGAAGCUGCCCGGGGCAGGCAUCACAGCUGGAUGGCCGGAAGCAGCGCCUGCCGACAUGACCCUCAAGGCCGCCAACACGUACCUGCAGGACUGCAUAGUGGAUUUCCGCAAGCUCAUCACAAAGCAGGCGUCAGCAGGGGGAGGCGGGAAGGCCAAGGGGGGGAAAGCAGCGGCAGUGGCGAAGGAGGCGCCAAAGAUAGCGGAUUGCAUAGUGGAUUUCCGCAAGCUCAUCACCAAGCAGGCGUCAGCAGGGGGAGGAGGGAAGGCCAAGGGGGGGAAAGCAGCGGCAGUGGCGAAGGAGGCACCGAAGAUAGCGGUGGGGGUGGUGUUUGUGGCCGAGCAGUACGGCGGGUGGCAGGCGGAGUGCCUUGGGCUGCUGCAGAAGCAUUUUGAUGCAGAAAAGAAGGUUUUCAAUGAUGAUGCUGGGCUGCUGGAUGCACUUAAAGCCAGCCCUGUUGGGCAGGUAAGACAAGGGGAAAGGGUAGGGCAGGGGGUGUGUCCGGAGCUGCUGCAGCGCUAUUUCUAUGCAGAAAAGCGGGUGUUUAAUUAUGAUGCUGGUCUGCUGGACGCUCUUAAAGCCAGCCCUGUGGGGCAGCGCCCGGAUUUUAAGAAGCUGAUGGGGCAGUGCAUGGGGUUCAUCCGGUUCAAGAAGGAUGCUGCUCUGCUGCACGGCGCCCAGGCUCUGGACGUGAAGCUGCAGUUUGACGAGGCCAACGUGCUGCGGGAGAAUGCUGACCUCAUCAAGCGCCAGCUGCAGCUGGAUCAGUUCUCGGUGUUUCUCACAUCAGAUGCUGAUGCUAUUGCUGCCGUCAACUCCAAGGACGCUGCCCGCAUCUCUGCUGCUGUGCCAGAUGCUGAUGCUAUUGCUGCUGCCAACUCCAAGGACGCUGCCCGCAUCUCUGCUGCUGUGCCAGAUGCUGAUGCCGUUGCUGCCGUCAACUCCAAGGACGCCGCCCGCAUCUCCACCGCUGUCCCAGGUGUGUUCCACUUGGGGGGGGAAGGGGUGGGGGAGGAGCGGGGGUGUUCCUCUCAUUGGAUUCUGGUGUCGUUCCGUGUGUCAGUCCCACAGGUGUGUGUUGCACAGGUGUGUGUUGCGCAGGUGUGUGUUGCGCAGGUGUGUGUUGCACAGGUGUGUGUUGCACAGGUGUGUGUUGCACAGGUGUGUGUUGCACAGGUGUGUGUUGCACAGGUGUGUGUUGCACAGGUGUGUGUUGCGCAGGUGUGUGUUGCACAGGUGUGUGUUGCACAGGUGUGUGUUGCGCAGGUGUGUGUUGCACAGGUGUGUGUUGCGCAGGUGUGUGUUGCGCAGGUGUGUGUUGCACAGGUGUGUGUUGCGCAGGUGUGUGUUGCGCAGGUGUGUGUUGCGCAGGUGUGUGUUGCACAGGUGUGUGUUGCGCAGGUGUGUGUUGCGCAGGUGUGUGUUGCACAGGUGUGUGUUGCGCAGGUGUGUGUUGCACAGGUGUGUGUUGCACAGGUGUGUGUUGCGCAGGUGUGUGUUGCACAGGUGUGUGUUGCGCAGGUGUGUGUUGCGCAGGUGUGUGUUGCACAGGUGUGUGUUGCGCAGGUGUGUGUUGCGCAGGUGUGUGUUGCACAGGUGUGUGUUGCGCAGGUGUGUGUUGCACAGGUGUGUGUUGCGCAGGUGUGUGUUGCACAGGUGUGUGUUGCGCAGGUGUGUGUUGCACAGGUGUGUGUUGCACAGGUGUGUGUUGCACAGGUGUGUGUUGCACAGGUGUGUGUUGCACAGGUGUGUGUUGCACAGGUGUGUGUUGCGCAGGUGUGUGUUGCACAGGGCCUAGAUUCCAUCCGGCCUGUUCCAGCGGGCCCCGCGGAGGGCAAACCGUCACUCACUGCGCCCGCGCCAGCGGCGGAAGCCGCCAGCCAUGCUAUCGCGGAAGAACAUGCGGGCGCCGCCAGUGGUACGAGCGGCGCGGAAGGCGGCGCCCCCGCAACGUCGGCGCCUGGCGGAAGGGGACAGCGGGGCGGGCGAGGGCGACAGCGGGGUGGUCGAGGGCGCGGAAGGGGAGGGGCGGGCGCGGAGAGCGGAGGGGGUGGAGGAGAGAGUGGGAGCGGUGAUGUGACCAACCAUAUCGGCGGAAAUGCUGAGGUCAGCGGCGGAGACGGCGGAGGCGGAGGCGGGGGAGGGUGCGGAGUUAUGGGGGGAGGCGUGGCGGGGAGUAGUGGCGGCGCGGGUGGCGGCGCGCAGUGCUCGUGCGUGUCGUUUUCCCCGGAGAUGCAGCGCGCGUUCUUCGAGCUGCACGCGCUGCGGCUGGGAACGGACAAGGCGACGUACGGCGACACGCUCGAGUGGCUGCUGAACGCCGCGAAACCCGCUAUUCAGCAGCUUAAAACGGGUACGGGCGGAGCGGCGGGAGGGGCGGGAACUGGGGGAGGCGCGGCUCGUUCCGGCGGAAGCAAGAAGAAGAGGAACAAUCGCAACCGGCGUAAACAAGGACAGAUGGGGGAUCAGCAGGGCGCGGAAGGGGGAGGGGAGGUGGGAGCAGCAAGGGGAGCGGAAGGGGGAGCGGGGGGAGGAGCGGGAGGAGCAGAGGGAGGGGGAUUGGGAGGGGGAGUGGGAGGGGGGGAGGGAGGGGGAGUGGGGGGAGCAGUCGGAGGAGCAACGUGA